AUGGUUAAACUCGAUAGAAAUGCUGUUCUUGAAUAUGCCACCUUCAAAGUUCCUUACGAAGAACUCAACAUGGAGUUUCGACGUGGACAUAAGAACAUGGAACGGGCAGGUGCGGGCCUUAAGCGGUCAAUAUCAUCAUUGCGAAAUGUCUUGUCUGAGAAGGAUGGAUGUGUUACAGUAGCAACGGCUCGAGAAUCUUUUCGUGAUUUUAAAUCUAAACUUGAGCAGCUCGAUGCUGCAAAGAAAGAUGCAGUCAAAAAGCAAAGACAAUUCAUAAAAAAUAUGCAAUCAAGGAUCCAAUUUUUGAGGAAUGAAGAUCUCUCGAGUGAGAAAACGUCGCGUGAUCUUGAACUGUGGCGUCGUGAUCGCCAGCAAGUGGCACGACUCAUCUGCCUACAGAUGUUGAGAUGUGGUCAUAUUGAAAGUGCAAAAGCUCUAGCGAAAGAGAUGAAUGUGACGAAUAUAGUAGAUCUAGAUGUUUUUUCCAAGGUUGAACAUGUUAUCAACGCGUUGCUUAACAAAGACACCACACCUUGUUUGGAGUGGAUCGCCGAGCAUCGAUCAAAGCUGCGAAGAAUGAAUAGCAAGUUGGAGCAAGUGGUACGGGUGCAGAAUGCUGUCGAGUUAGUACGCGAAGGUCGUGUGAAAGACGCUCUUCUCUAUGUUAGAAAACACCUGGGAGCAACUAAAGAUGAGUGGUGUGACGAUGCCAUGAAGUUAAUGGGUCUUAUUGCUCUCUGCGCUCCCAAUGGUGUACCUGCUUAUAAGGAACUCCUAAGCGAGCAUCGAUGGCAAGCUUUGGCUGACUUAUUCCGGGAGGAGGUCUUUGCGUUGUAUCAGUGUGGAUUAAGCGCUUAUAAAACACCGCACUGUUCCCCCGGAGGUGUCGAGAGGUGUCCAACGUGCCAGCCGUGUGCGUUCGCCUUGGCGGAAGGGCUUCCUUAUGCGCAUACGGUGAAUUCGAGGUUGAUCUGUUCCUAUUCUGGUGAAGCCUUGAACGAGGAAAACCAUCCGAUGAUGAUGCCAGAUGGGAGAGUCUACGGAGAAAAAGCUAUUCGAGAGUUGCAA